AUGAUGCGAGCGAAAAUUCCUGACUCAGACGCUCAGGAAAUAAAGGUAGCGGGAGCUGACUUCAACUUCAUCUUAUACCGCAAUGAUCCGCAUGACUCCUCCGGCAGACAUGGUGUGGCCAUCACCCUCUCGCAACAAGCGAGCCGUGCAAUACUCGCCCAGGAACCAGCCAAUGAACGCAUGAUUCAUGUGCGCCUGAAGGUCUUCAUCAGAAACAUAUUUGUCUUCGCAGUAUGUGCCAUAACCACCGCUGCUGAUCGGCGCGAUAAAGAGAUGUUUUGCUCACAGCUAAAAAUUUUGCUUGAAAGGCUCCCACGCCGCGAUCUGCGGAUUGUUGCCGGGAACUGGAAUGGCCGGACAGGGCCUCAUGACUCUACAAACGGCCAUCUUAUCGGCCGCAUUGGUUUUGCUUCUCAAUGUGAGAAUGAAGCUCACCUCUCAUCUGUGCCAAAAAUGCCACGCGAUGUCGCCAAUAUUCGGCAAUCCAACACCACUGAGGCCCUGAGCAGAGACAUCCGGUCCCGUUUCACAACCCGAGCCGACAGAGAAACUAUUGGUAAGGUGUUUUCACUGAGCGACUCAUUUCUUGAGGUGAAUGGCGGUGUUAUUGCUGACAACGCGACCAAGGUCGAGCGAUGGCGUGAGCACUACGAGUACCUCCUCAACUUUGAUAGGGAGACCACCGCCCCCCCUGCUCCCAUCUACAACAGAGCCUCCCCAUCUCUCACUUAUCCAGUGUCAUGCGACCGGCUGUCUGAUAACUGGGGAUCAUGCAUCCUUGUGCCUGUCCCCAAGAAUGGAAAUAAGACGAGAUAUGGAAGCUACCGCGGCAUAAGCCUAAUCAAUAUUGCCGCGAAGAUCUUCGCCAUUGUUCUCCUUGGGCGGUUCCAGUCUGUGCGCAACUCCAGGACGCGUUACAACCAGGCCAGAUUUCGCGCUGGGCGUGGAUGUGUGGAUCAGUUAUUCACACUGAGACGGAUCCUUGAAUUCCGCCAUAGCUACCAACAACUAUCUGCUUUGCCGUCUUUGUCACUGUGUUCGAUUCUGUCCGUAGUGACUUCCGAUGGCGGAUAA